UCUCCCCACAGAUGUCUGCACAGUAGUUUCUGACCCCACGUGCCAGGUGUCCAAGAGUGUGGUAUGCGACCCCAUCAUCGUCACCGAUGAAUGCUUACUCACCAUCAGGAGAGCUUUUGAGGAACCUGGAACAUACUGUAUAAACAUCACCUUGGGGGAUGAGACAAGUCAAGCUCUUGCCAGCGCACUGAUUUCCGUAAAUGGAGGGUCAUCAUCAGGAACAACAGAAGGUGUCUUUAUCUUCCUUGGUUUGUUGGCAGUGUUUGCCGCCAUUGGAGCUUUUGUCCUUUACAAGAGAUACAAGCAAUACAAGCCUAUUGAGAGAAGCGCAGGACAAGCAGAGAACCAGGCGGGACUAACUGCUUACUUCAGCAAUUUCAAAGCAAUUUUCUUCCCCAGUAGCACUGAAAGAAAUCCUCUGCUGAAAAGCAAACCAGGCAUUGUUUAAACCUUUAGUCUAGCACUGACUAUUAGAUUACGUACAGGACUCACAUCUGAACUGUACUUCAGUGGGGUUUUCUUGUUGCUAUAAAAAACCAGCGGGUAAGGUGAAAGCACAUACAGAUGGGAUGGUAACUUUGGGGGGCUUGGUGCAAUUAGAAGUAUUAAAAUAGUCCUUCGUAGAAAACAAUGAGGUAGUUUUGAGCACUUGCUGUUCUUGCUUGUGAUCUAGGAUACACACUUCUGAAUAAGUAACACCCCCCCUCCCUUUUCUGGGUUUUCUUACUUCUAGGUUAACUACCUGCAAAACUAAUCAGAUCCAUAAUCUGGAGGGGAAAAAAAGGUUAAUU